CAAAUCUUGGCUUAAAAAUAAAUUUGAAAUAAGAAGCCGAGUGACCGAGUCCCACUCCUUGAUUCUUCGGUUUGUGUUUUCUGCCAGAUUUUCUCAGCGUUUUUCAGACAAAUAGACAACAUGAACCAGUGCCAAUCAAGCAAUGUCCCCAUUGAUCAGGAAGUUGUCUGUCCUGAGGCAGUGGAUAGAAUUAGAGGGAUAAUCUCAACUCUUCCCAUUGAGAAUGGCUGGAGAUUUAUAGAGCCUUUGUGCUUAUACCAAGGCUUUUGGUGCCAUCCCUCCUUGACAGAACGUAUCAUGUUAGGCGAAGAAUUCUUCAAAGCUGAACCAAAUGAUAUAUUCGUGUGCAGCCCUCCAAAGAGUGGCACUACUUGGAUUAAAGCCUUAACUUUUGCCAUUGUCACUCGAACUUGUUUCGAUGGUUCAACAAGUCCUUUGCUCCUUAAGAUGCCCCAUGAAUGUGUUCCUGCUUUGCAUAGGAUUUUUGGCAAGAAGCCAGACAUACGCGAGCCAGGGCUCCCACUAAUCGCAACACACAGUCCAUAUGCUUCCUUGCCAAAAUCCGUUCUAAAUUCUGAUUGCAAGAUUGUUUAUAUUUGUAGAGACCCAAAGGAUGCAUUCAUCUCCUUGUUUCACUUUAAAGCCAAGCUGAGACCUCAGGAAAUUGAACCAAUUUCUUUGGAGGCGGCUUUUGAUCUAUAUUGUGAAGGGAAGUCUGACUUUGGACCCUUUUGGGACCAUAUUUUGGGGUAUUGGAGGACUAGUUUGGAAAGGCCAGGGAAGAUAUUGUUUCUAAAAUACGAAGACAUGAUGAAGGAUACAACAUUCUAUGUCAAGAAAUUGUCAGAAUUCAUGGGAUACCCUUUUUCCUUAGAGGAAGAAAAAGAAGGGGUGGUGCAAAAAAUUGUAGAGCUUUGCAGUUUUGAGUUUAUGAGCAAUUUAGAGGUAAACAAAAAUGGAAUGUUAUUUGGAAUUCGAAACCAUCAGGUUCGAAACAAAAACUUUUUCCGGAAGGGGAAGGUUGGGGAUUGGAGGAAUCAUUUGACACCUGAGAUGGCAGAACGCCUUGACAAGAUAAUUGAGCAAAAACUAGCUGCUUCUGGUUUUGGAAGAGACUGGUUGAAUGUGAAACCAGUUCUGGAAGAGCAGCAAGUUUGAAUUAGGAUGAUAUCUGAAGCUUUCUGUGCUUUUCUAUAAUUUGUAAUUUUUUUUUUUUUUAACAUUUGAUUAUGGAAGAAACAACAUUUAUCAAUCCACAAAUAAUUUCUCACAUUUCAU